UUUAGCUAAAAAGUGUGUGUGAGCAUGUCUGGAAUCGGUAUUAAUGGCUUUGGGCGCAUUGGACGCAUCUUUUUACGCGAGGCCAUCAGGCGAAAGGACGUUCAGGUGGUGGCAAUCAAUGAUCCAGCCAUGGAUGCCAAGUAUAUGGCUUAUAUGCUGCGCUAUGACUCCACGCAUGGCAUCUUCAACAAGAAGAUAUCGCUCGAAGGCGACAAGUUGCUGAUAAACGGCAAGAAGAUUCAGGUGUCCAAUGAGACGGAUCCCAAGAAACUCUGCUGGAAAGAGAAGUGCGUGCAUACGGUCGUCGAAUGCACAGGAAAAUUUACCACCAUCAAGGCUUGUCAGGAUCAUCUGGAUGCAGGUGCUAAGAAGGUGGUUAUAUCGGCACCCUCCGCCGAUGCGCCUAUGUUCGUUUGUGGGGUUAAUCUGGACAAAUACAAACCAGAGAUGCAGGUCAUAUCGAACGCCUCUUGUACCACCAACUGUCUCGCUCCAGUUGCAAAGGUUAUUCAUGAGAAUUUCGAAAUCAUAGAGGGUCUCAUGACGACAGUUCACGCCUGCACUGCCUCACAAAUGAUUCUCGAUGCUCCUAGCAAGAAAGUUUGGCGCGAUGGGCGCAGCGGCAUGAUCAAUAUUAUACCAGCCAGUACAGGUGCUGCCAAAGCUGUUGGCAAGGUUAUACCGGAUUUAAAUGGUAAACUGACGGGCAUGGCUUUCCGUGUGCCCGUGCCGAAUGUUUCUGUGGUGGAUCUGACUUGUCGUCUAGGCUGUGGUGCCAAAAUGGAUCAAAUCAAAGAGGUUAUCAAGGACGCCUCCAAGGAUGAUAUGAAGGGUAUAUUGGGCUACACUGAGGACGACAUUGUCUCAUCGGACAUCAACGGUUCGCACUAUGCAUCAGUUUUUGAUGCCAAAGCAUGUAUAGCGCUCAAUGAUAACUUUGUUAAACUGAUAUGCUGGUACGAUAACGAGACGGGAUACUCCUGUCGCCUAUUAGAUCUAGUGAUUUUCUCCCAAAUGAUGGACAAGUGUUCCGAAGAUGAAAAGAAGAGGAAGGCUGAAAAAGAGUCUAAGGAUAAAUGUAAAUAGAGGAGACGUUCUGCUAAAGUAAAUUAAUUUAGAUUUCAAUAAAAUACUUAAAUACAAGAAG